AUGGCCUCCCUGUUCUCCGGCCAUGUCCUGAUUCGCAACAACAGCGACCAGGACGAGCUGGACACGGAGGCUGAGCUCAGCCGCAAGCUGGAGAACCGGCUGGUGCUGCUCUUCUUUGGCUCUGGGUCCUGCCCGCAGUGCCAAGCCUUCGCGCCUAUCCUCAGGGACUUCUUCGUGAAGCUCACAGAUGAGUUCUAUGUGCUGCGGGCAGCCCAGCUGGCUCUGGUGUACGUGUCCCAGGAUCCCACGGAGGAGCAGCAGGAUAUGUUCCUUAGGGACAUGCCAAAGAAGUGGCUCUUCCUGCCCUUCGAGGAUGACCUGAGAAGGGACCUCGGGCGCCAGUUCUCCGUGGAGCGCCUGCCGGCUGUCGUGGUGCUCAAGCCGGGCGGGGACGUGCUCACCCGCGACGCCACCGACGAGAUCCGGCGCCUGGGCCCCGCCUGCUUCGCCAACUGGCAGGAGGCGGCGGAGCUGCUGGACCGCAGCUUCCUGCAGCCCGAGGACCUGGACGACACCGCGCCGCGGAGCCUCACGGAGCCGCUGCGCCGCUGCAAGUACCGCGUGGACCGGGAGGCCCGCGGCAAACGCGGCUCGGGGAGCGGGAGCCCGCCCGAGGGGGAGGGCGGGGCGGAGGGCGGCGGCGCCGGGGAGCUGUUCUGA